AGGUAAAAGUUCCUAUGUUAUAUCAGCCUGUGCUGGUUUGGCAUGUUACUCAACUUGUGCAGCUGAUGACACGUUGUAACUCGGUUUCUACCGACGGUAAACUGUAUCAACCGCUGUAACAAAUAAGAUGAGAGUACCAUGGCGGACCCUCACACUGCACACACCGUCCGGAAGCAGGGCAUCCUCUGUCCCUGCAGAUGUGGUGAACUUUGUCCCAGCCUGCAGCUCCACGGAUGCCCACUACCUGGAACGGCUGCAGGACUUCCUGUCCCGCGCCAGAAGCCUGUUCGUUAUGACCGGGGCUGGACUGUCCACCGAGUCGGGGAUCCCUGACUACCGCUCCGAGGGUGUGGGUCUGUAUGCCCGGACCAACAGGCGGCCCAUGGAGCAUGUGGAGUUUGUACGCAGUGCAAAGUCCCGGCAGCGGUACUGGGCCAGGAACUUUGUGGGAUGGCCGCAGUUCUCCUCCCAUCAGCCCAACUGUGCACACAGGGUUCUGCAGCAGUGGGAGGAGAAGGGGAAGCUGCACUGGCUGGUCACCCAAAAUGUGGAUGCCCUUCACUCAAAAGCAGGACACAAAAGACUGACUGAGCUCCACGGCUGUACCCACAGGGUGAUGUGCCUUGGCUGUGGAGCCAUCUCAGCACGGGAGGAGCUCCAGAAGCGAUUUCUAGCUCUAAACCCAGAGUGGAGUGCGCAGGCUGGUGCCGUUGCACCGGAUGGGGAUGUCUUCUUGGAGGAUGAGCAGGUUCUGCAUUUCAGAGUUCCCUCCUGUGAGGAAUGUGGAGGAAUACUGAAACCUGAGGUUACGUUUUUCGGAGACAAUGUAAAUAAAGCAACAGUAAAUUUUGUGCAUGAAAGACUAGCAGAGUCUGAUGCAGUGCUUGUUGUGGGGUCUUCUUUGCAGGUCUACUCAGGAUACAGGUUUUUACUGGCAGCAAGGGACAGGAAAAUCCCUGUCGCUAUCAUAAACAUUGGACCCACGAGGGCUGACCACUUGGCUGAGCUGAAAGUGAGCGGCCGCUGUGGUGAAGUACUAUCAGUUAUUCAACCCUUCUGACUGUUAUGGAUGUGGAGUUUGUAAAUUCUGUGUCCAUUUGGUUAAAAAACUGCUACAACUACCUCACUUUUAAACAGGUAACAAAAAGCAACGUUAGGAUGAGUAUCUCAACUAUACAGCACUUUUUGUGAAACACAGGUCUACUGGAAAACAACCCAGACUAAUAUUUCAUUGCUCAUGAUAUUGAAUUACAUUGGAUCAUCCACACUUCAGGAGUUCUCACUGGUUUU